GUGGCCAAGGGCCUGCUGCGGUCGCUGCUGCGCCUCGCCAAGUUCGAGGCGCACGAGGUGCUUAACCUUCACUUCGUGAGCGAGGAGGCCAGCCGCGAGGUGGCCAAGGGCCUGCUGCGGGAGCUCCUGCCGCCCGCCGCUGGUUUCAAGUGCAAGGUCAUCUUCCACGACGUUGCUGUGCUGACGGAUAAGCUCUUCCCCGUCGUGGAGGCCAUGCAGAAGCACUUCAGUGCUGGCUCGGGAACCUAUUACAGUGACUCCAUCUUCUUCCUCUCGGUCGCCAUGCAUCAGAUCAUGCCCAAAGAGAUCCUGCGGCUCAUUCAGCUGGACCUAGACCUGAAGUUUAAGACCAACGUCCGGGAGUUGUUUGAGGAAUUUGACAGUUUCCUGCCAGGCGCCAUCAUUGGCCUAGCCCGGGAGAUGCAGCCGGUUUACAGGCACACGUUCUGGCAGUUCCGCCAUGAGAACCCCCAGACCAAGGUUGGGGGCCCACCCCCCGAGGGGCUGCCGGGCUUCAACAGCGGGGUGAUGCUGCUGAACCUGGAGGCCAUGCGCCAGUCCCCGCUCUACAGCCGCCUGCUGGAGCCGGCGCAGGUGCAGCAGCUGGCCGACAAGUACCACUUCCGCGGCCACCUCGGGGACCAGGACUUCUUCACCAUGAUUGGCAUGGAGCACCCCAGGCUCUUCCAUGUGCUGGACUGUACCUGGAACCGGCAGCUGUGCACCUGGUGGAGGGACCAUGGCUACAGUGACGUCUUCGAGGCCUAUUUCCGGUGUGAAGGCCACGUCAAGAUCUACCAUGGGAACUGCAACACUCCCAUCCCGGAGGACUAGGCGCACCCCCGCCUUGCCCCUGGGGCCUCCAGAUCUGGGGGAAGGACAGGGCUCCAGACAGACCUGAGAGCAGUGUCUGACCCGCUAGAGAGACACUGCAGGGACGUCCUGUGAUUAAGGUGCUGAGACCUCCUGCCGGGCAGGUCACUGUGCUAAGGCCACCCGCCGAGGACUGGCCUGUGCACUGCUGGUGCUUGGGGCCUUAUUCCUUCAGGGAGCAGGUGACAUGAAGGACACGCAUGGGCAUCUUCCGGUGGGCUAGGAAGCAAGCGCUUGAAGAGAAGGAAGGGGAGAAGGGGGUCCCCUUGCCGUCCGCCUCUAAGGAAUGGAAAUCCUUUAAGACCUGGCCUCUUCUGGACCAAUAUAAAUUUAAUUUAAAUUGACAGGCUUCCAUUGUUCGAGAAAGGACAAACAGUCCUGCUCUAGCACCCAUCGAGCCCCCAAUGGGUAAAGUAAGCCAAGGUUUUAAUGACCAACCCAGUAUCUAAGCUUCCAAACGAAUGCCCGCCUAGCGCAUACUCACCCUGGGAGGCUGCGCGCGUAUUCUCCUGACGACCACGUCACUUGGUGUACGUUUCAAGAUCGCCUCUUUGGGGAAGGACUUGAGGACCCACUGGGCCUGCAUAAGAAAACUUAGCUCAUUAUUAGAGCACUCACGGCUGUUAUCUCCCAGCUACAUCCCAGAACCCCAUUAUCCUUUAUUUAACCAAACCAGCUCCAGGUGACCAGACUCUACUCAGAAAGCAAAUUCAUCCUCAAAGAACAGAGACUGGCCACCACAAGGACAUGCAGGAGACUGUCUGGACCGGGAAGACUCAUUCCAAAAAGGAGCCCAGGCCGGGCACAGUGGUCAAGCCUGUAAUCCCAACAGUUUGGGAGACUGAGGUGGGAGGAUCGCGUGAGCCGCGGAGGUCGAGAUCAGCCUGGGAAACACAGUGAGGCCCCCAUCGCUACAAAGAAUUUUAAAAAUUAGCCAGGUUUGGUAGCUUGUGCUUGUUGUCCUGGCUACUUGGGAGGCUGAGGUGGGAGGGUGGCUUGAGUCCAGAAGUUCACUGCACGGAUCUGUAAUCACACCACUGCACUCCAGCCUGGACGACAGAGUGAGACGUCCGUCUCAAAAAAGCAAAAAACGAAAAGGAACCCAGCAGUUCACAAGUGUGACCAUGUGGGCUUGGAAGAGACAUCACUCGUGGGCUAGUAAGCAUUCUAGUUUAUUUGUUUAAAAAUUCCCCUUAUCAUACCACGUUAGACCAUAGACCUUAGCAGAAAUUAAAGCCUCGUUUCUUCUGAUGGGUCCUCCUGUAAGUAGGCUGCAGACGUGAAAGC